GAUUAGGGUAUUAAAAUGUUAGUCCCUCCUAGUAAAGAAGCUACCUACUAGCAAGUUCGCUUCGCUGAUUUAGUGAUAAACGAACAUGAAAUGGUUUUUUAAAAUCUUCCCAAUCAGAAUUCUUACUUUUCUCGAAAAGACGAAAAGAAGAAAACGACGACAUGGACGACUCACAAUCAAACGAUAGCCAGGACGAUACCAAGGUCGAUUAUUCCCAAUUACGAAAAGCCCUCGACGGAGUAAUCGAUGGAUAUUUCACAAAAAUGAACGGACCGAUAUCUGACGAACCGCCUCGAAAAAUACACCAUGAGGAUUUCUACAAAUUUACGAUCCGCGCAGAGCCACCCAAUCUGGAAUUCGUCAAAUUUGUACCUAAGAUAAUGUGGUGCCAUGGGGUAAGAGCUUGGAAAAUGAUUACAUUUGAGAGUGCUUUGGAACUUCGAAGUGCUCUUGAGGAGUUUUGUUUUGAGUGGUGUAGUAGUCGGAUGAGUGAUGCGGGGAUAUUUGUUGUGUAUAUUUGUAAGAACAUCCGCAGAGGCCGGAAUUUGUGAAGUGGUGGAAAGUGUGUUUGGAAAGCUCCUGCUGGUUGAACUGGUACGCCGCUAGUGGUUAAUAUUGAAUCAUGUAUCGGGUCAGAUGGCAAUCUUAGAAUAAAAAUUACUUGUGUAAAUGCAAGAA